AUGUCUACAUCCACAGGCAGCGAAAUGGCAACUACGAGUUUGGGAACCGAUUCAACCAAACCGAAGUGUUCUACGGCAGCUAGCGGCUUCUCUACGGCCUCGACUGCACCCAGCAGCGGGUCUCAGACCACUUCCGAAUCGACUGGAUCUACUCAGCACGCUAUCACAACGGUCUCCACUGGCUCUGAUACUUCUGCACUUUCGACCUGCGCAACUCCUGGCACCACUGCGCCCAACUGCAUUUGCAUGUCCACGACUCCCGGAUCCCCGGCUACAAUGAGCAUGGGAACUCAAAGCACCGCAAUCACAGAAGCCGGAACCAGUUCCGAGGCAGCCCUUGUCACGACAGCCCCAGCAGGUGGAACUGACACGGCCAGCGGAACCGGCUCUCAGUCAACUGGAAUUACCGGCAUGACAACUGAUGGUAUCACGGAAGCUGUUGCUACCGCUCCCACAACCGCCAGCGCGGCUAGCGGAACUAGCUCUCAGUCGAUUGGAACAGCGGGCGUUACUACCGGCGCGGUUACUGGAACCAGUUCGGCUGACGGCACAGAAGCUGGCACGGCUAGUGCAACUGGCUCUCAGUCUACUGGAACUGCGGGCAUUAUGACCGGUGCUACCACCGGCGCUACCACCGGCACAGAAGCCGGCACUACUAGUGCAACUGGCUUCCAGUCGACGGGAACUGCGGGCGAUACGACGGGCGCUGACACUGGAACUACUACGGCCACUGGCACAGAAACGGGAGCGGCUAGCGGAACUGGCUCUGAGUCUACUGGAACUGUGGGCCUUACGACCGGCGCUACCACCGGCACAGAAACAGACACCGCUAGUGCAACUGGCUCCCAAUCGACUGGAACUGCGGGAGUUACGACCGGCGCUACCACUGGAACUACUACGGCCACUGGCACGGAAACGGGAACGGCUAGCGGAACUGACUCGGAGUCUACUGGAACUGUGGGCGUUACGACCGGCGCAACCGCCGGCACCGAAACUGGCACUGCUAGUGCAACUGGCUCUCAAUCGACUGGAACUGCGGGCGUUACGACCGGCGCUACCGCUGGAACUACUACGGCCACCGGCACCGAAACGGGGGCGGCUAGGACGGAACUGGUCUGA